CCCAAUGGGCACAGCGAGCACUCCUAUUUACAAUAAAUCGUCUCGUAACGUGGAAUUGAAGGGGUCCCCUGCUCCGACAGUGCAUGACCACAACCUCGGUUUGAAGCGGGCGGAGGGGGGAGCACGUGGUAACAUUAGUCCCUUAUAAAUCUCCUACAAGCAGCCACUGCUGUCCGCUUGGCACGCGUAAAAGACGAGCCGUUGCCCAACUAGAUGGGGUGAGGGACGACGCGCAAAAGCGCUCUGCAUCACAUCGAGGGGAAGCUCCGAACUGUUUUUUACCAAGUGGCUUAUAAAGGAAAACGUUUUCAUCGUGAAAUUUCAACUCUAUGUGGAUCUCUGAUUUCGCCAGAACGUGUUAAGCCACCACAGAAAACGUUCGCACCUUGCGUCCCUGCUCAACGCCAGGACUGCGUUUGGGGCUUUGCUUUUCUAAAACACGUUUGUGAUCUGUUUUUGAUCAUAAAAAAGCAAUGAAUCGCUUACCAAGACUCUGAAGUUUAACAGACAGAAGUCUCAGAGCUCGGGUUGGUGUCGGUUGAAGUGCGGUUGGAGAGCUGCGAGCUGAGCGCUCUGAUGUGGUGGAGGUGUGCUAAGUCCCGCAGGCUACACGGCUGUGCGUCUCGCUGACGAUAACCCCUCAGCUGUUUUUCAUUCUCCUGUUUUCAACCAGAUAUUUCAGACCCGUUUGAUGGCCGCACGUCCAGCUCUGCCAACACUCAGCUGCAUCUUUACGCACUCUCGGUGUGCGUUCACUGCCAGCCGGGAAUAGGUCGGUGCGAUCUCUUCUGACCGUUUCUUUUUGUGUCUACUCAGUUGAAUGGAUUUUCAGAUACACUUGACUGAAACUGGGGAAUCAGAACAAUACGAUUUUCAAGUAUCAUUUCGGGGCCAGUUGGCUCGUGUGCGUAAAUGCUCUCUACUUUUGAACCGUUUUGAUUUUUGCUCAAGAAAUGAGUCUUCCUGGUGACAUUUAAAUCGCCCCGGUGAAUAUUUUCCUCAAUCUGUUUUUUUCAAAUCGAGAUUUGAAGACGUUGGCGGAGAAGAUGAACCUGUGUAUCGUCAGUCUUCUCCUCACUUUGGAUUUAGCCACCGUGGCGCUCAGUUUGUCCACAUGCAGCACGCUUGACAUGGAUCAGUUCAAGAAGAAGCGCAUCGAGGCCAUCCGAGGGCAGAUCCUGAGCAAGCUGAAGCUCACGAGCCCCCCGGAGGACUUCCCCGAGCCCGAGGAGGUGUCCCGAGACAUUGUCGCCAUUUACAACAGCACCCGGGACCUGCUGCAGGAGAAGGCGAACGAACGGGCGGCUACGUGCGAGCGACAGCGGAGCGAGGAGGAGUAUUACGCCAAGGAGGUGCACAAGAUCGACAUGCAGCCUUUCUACCCGUCAGAGAAUGUCAUCUCUCCUACACACUUCAACCCUUACUUCAGGCGGCUGACAUUUGAUGUGUCCUCCAUGGAAAAGAACGCCUCCAACUUGGUGAAGGCUGAGCUCAGGAUCUUCCGUCUUCAAAACCCUGGGGCUCGAGUGUCUGAGCAGCGCAUUGAGCUAUACCAGAUUUUAGCACACAAAGACCUGACAUCCCCAACACAGCGAUAUAUUGACAGCAAGGUGGUACGAACACAGACGGAGGGGGAGUGGCUGUCCUUUGAUGUGACAGAGGCGGUGAGUGAAUGGCUGAACCACAGAGACAGAAACAGUGGAUUCAAGAUCAGCCUGCACUGCCCAUGCUGCACGUUUGUACCAUCAAAUAACUACAUUAUUCCCAACAAGAGUGAGGAGCUGGAGGCACGGUUUGCAGGUAUUGAUGACAGCUUCAUCCGUGGUGGUGACCUGAAGGUAUUUAAGAAGCGGCGGCACAGUGCUCGGGCUCCACACCUUCUCCUUAUGCUGCUGCCUUCAUACCGGCUGGAGUCCCAGUCCCAGCAUAAGAACCAUCGAUCCAAGAGAGCCCUGGACGCUGCCUACUGCUCCAGAAAUGUUCAGGACAACUGCUGCUUACGGUCACUUUACAUCGAUUUUAAGAAGGACCUGGGCUGGAGGUGGAUCCAUGAGCCCAAGGGCUAUGAGGCCAACUUCUGCGCUGGGGCCUGUCCAUAUCUGUGGAGUGCAGACACCCAGCAUUCCAAGGUGUUAGGCCUGUAUAACACCAUCAACCCUGAAGCAUCAGCAUCGCCCUGCUGUGUCUCCCAGGACCUGGAGCCCCUCACCAUCCUCUACUACAUUGGCAAGACCCCCAAAAUAGAGCAGCUCUCCAAUAUGAAGGUCAAGUCCUGCAAGUGCAGCUAGAAGCUCUUACAAGCCAGCACAAACACUCUCUCUCCUUCCUUCACACAAACACGCACACACAUGCAGUGGACUUGGGCAUACAUGCAGUCAAACCGCAGCCAUCUCUUAUGCCAGGAUCAGACUACACGACAUUUUUGUCUUUCACAAUGGUCACUAUGUUAGAUUAGACAAUUAUAGUACAAUAAAUUCUUGCCAUGUCUUAGUAAGGAGACUGGCAACACUACAACUAUGACCCCAACCAAUCAUUGUUCACAACCUUGUGCGAGUUCAUAGCUUGUCAGGGAUGAGGGUCAAGAAAUUGUCAAUCACGGCUACAGAAGCACUAUGUGUGAUGCUGGCUGUCGUGUUCCGAAAAGGAAAAGAAAAGAAAGGAAAAACGAUCGUGGACUUGUUCCUGGGUGUCACAAAGAGAACAGUAUAGGCUGUAUAUCCUUCAAAAACAACUUGAGACAACGAAUGUGUUAACAUGUCAAGAACAUAACAUAAAGCCACCAGUUUCGCUGUAUGUAAACAGGUCUUGUGGAGGGAAAAUGAUUGGGUUUUUGGGAAUUGUAUACUCUGGUAGAUACAAAGAUAUGUUUUAAUAUCAGGUGGUUUGACAAUCACUACAACUGAAGUGCUCUCUGGUGCACAUAUGUAAACACCAACAUAGAAAGUCAAAGCUGUCCAGCAGCUGUCUAGCUGAGCUGAGCCGCAUUUAGUGUCUCAGACAGGGGGGAGAGCAAUGGCUCAUCUCUGCCUCCUCCACAGGCUGAUUCAGGCAGGAGAACCUGCCGUCAGUCAUCAGUGCUGUUUUCUUAUUUCAGUAAUAACUGUAAAACUACAUAGUGAUAUGUAUAUAUGAAAUCAAAACAGACACUGACAGCAACUGGACAGCUUUGACUUUAUGUGUUGGUGUUUACUUAUGUGCAGCAGAGAGCACUCUGUCAUCCUAUUGGUCAAUGUUAAGGAACACAUCGUAGGAGAUGUCAAACUAGAUGAAAAUACAAAAAAUUCUGACAUGCUAGACUUUUCAUUGGGGUGUCGUGGGGCGUCCUGGAUGCCACAUCGCUGUUUGUUGAUUAUGUCACACUACAAGGCCAUGUUCGUCGUUCCCGAUGUUCAUAAUCAGGCCCAAUGCUGGAAAUUUGCUGGCAGUGACAAAAUUGUGUCAAAAUCAGGCUGAAUUCAUGUAGUCUGAUCCAGGCAUUAUAAGCGCUAUUAUACUCACAGCAAUAUUCCUACACACACACACACAGUCAGGUGUGGUGUGUUGGAGAAUAGAGGUACAGAACAAAUCAACUUCAGUGCUAGUUCAGCUAAGACAGCAAUGCUCAUUCACAACAUACAGGACCAGUGCUGUCAUGAUACCAGAAACAUAACUUUGAUACCACUGCUAAGUACUUGUAGUACAGGUACACUGCUGUCUUUAAGUGAAAUAGUUCAAGUUUUGGCUCCUGGCAUCAGUUUGCCAACCAGUUUAAAUAGACUGAUAUCCAGUUUAUGAUGCGGUGGACACCAAAAAGCUACUACCACUUGUGCUUUAAGAUAUAGUAACUCUAGUAUCCACUAGGCUCUGGUUCCAAAAAAUCUGACUGUUUUGAAAUUUGUUCAGAAAGUAGAGCUAGACUGAUACAUUUGCUGGGCCAAUAUAUUGGCUGAUGUUAGCAAUUAACAAGAAAUCUCAAUUUAGAAAUGCCAGGUCAUUUAGAAACACGUGGAAAAACACUACAGAGUUUGUCCAUCAGAGAUUUUUUUAAUUCUCAAAUAUCGGUAACAGCUUCAAAAAUCUAGUAUUGGUUGAUUUCUUUUAAAAGGUCUUGACUUCUCUGUCAAAAUAGAAAGGCAAUGGAUGUUCACAAGGACUAAGUGUCUCAUUAACUGAUUUCACUUCAGUUUGAGUAUCAUUACUCUGUUAUGGAGCUACUAUGGCUUUAAGAGACAUAUGCUUUGGGGCAGGUUUGCUUGAUUGACAGAUGUCUUAGCCUAUUAUAGUCAGCGAUGUUAUUGCAGUUUACUUGUCCCCAGAGUUCCUCCUCUUUGCACAUAUGUAGAUGUUUUGACUAGUAAUUUUAGGACCUGGUAUCAAACUUACUACUAUAUUAUUACUAUACUACUACUAUUAUCUUCUGAACUAUCUUACAAAUACAAAUACAAGUUUCAGGGGACAUCAUAGAUGCUACAGCCAUGUCAUGUGUGGUUGAUGCUUAUUUUUUCAGUUACUGGCCAGUAUUCCAGUGCACACAUUUAUACUGCAAAGAGGUGACUUUGACAUUAAUUUUUACACUUGAUGAAAAUAUCAAAUGUUUGUAAGAUAAUCUUUAGCAAUGGUAUCAAAGUCAUGCCAAUUUGGAUCAUGAUCACACACAUGUAAAGUGACACAGAUAUGGCUUAUGUCCUUUCUUUGCGUUUUGAAGGCCCUGUCAACAUGCAUCACCUCACACACUUGUCACACGAGACACGAGAGUAAGGCAAACACUGGAAGUUUAAGUGAUAAGUGUCUAUAUGUGAAAUUAAUAACACAGCCCCACCCUCGACACUCACCCACCCCUUCGCUCCCCUCUCCCUCACCUCACCCCCUCCACAGUUUUCACAGUCACGCCACACCAUGUCCUCAUUUCUAUGUUUGUCUUUGUUUCGUAUCCUUCGUUAUUUUCUAAAUUUAUUCAUUGUUUUGCUAUUUAAGAUGUUCAUGGUUUAGCAUCCAACAAAUUUUGAACCUGGUAGAGAAGUGGACAGAAUCAACCUCGCACUGAUGAAAUAUAAUAUCUACUCCCUUUUGUAAUUUUGUGUCGAAAAAGUUGAACUAUUCAUUUUUAUAGAUGCAUGAAAAACCCACCAGAAGAGGAAAAAAUAACAUGUCACAUGGAAGGUCCCUUGAUGGAUAAUUUAGUGUUUUUAUAAUUUGGGUCUUAUUUUCAUAGUUUUGGCCAUCAUAUCUGUCCGUUUUGAUAGAUCUUCCAAGAACUUCCAAGUCCUGUUCCAGAAGUAUAAAGAAAUUAAUCCCAUUCACAUUAAUAAUAACACAAAAUACUAAAAAUCCAGUCCAAUCUGACUUUACCCAACAGUAAAUGGUGUGGUUCACUCCACUGCCAAGAUAAGAAUAGAAUGUAUAUAUAUGAUUUAUAUAACAUAUCUGCAAGCAGCCUUUAAUAAACACAUUUCCUACAAGCUCAAGACCUUUGCAGGCUGAACAUGACCAGCUCGACAGAAGAAGCCAUCGAGCAGCUGUAACAGCAGCAGGGCAGGGAGAGCCGAACAGUAUAGAUGUGUUUACACAGCAGAGAUUACAGCUAAAAAAUUGGAAAUAUUACUUACAGGAAGAGGGUGUUGUUGGAUGUCAUGUAUAUGGAAGAAACUGGAAUUUAUGAUGUUAUAUGAAGUUAAAAUUGGGAUCUCUGGUUUUUGGAAUGCUAAUAAAUUAAUUGUUGUUAUAUAGGGUUAGAAUUCUGCAGUUCCUGCUCACAUAUGUAGAAUAUGGACAGUAAAUCCUGGGAAUACAUUUCACCUUUUCAGACAUUGAUGAAAAGUACCCUCAACAAGAGGCUGCAUUGAAGUACAGAAAGUGAUGGAACAGAGGUGAUAUAAUCCAUAUUCCAUAAGAUAACACAGUAUCUACUUCAACACUUCAACACUACAGGAAUUUGAACCCUUCAAGGUUUUAACAACGUUAGAGAGCUCCCAUUAAAUUUUACUAGUGUUCCAGAACACUGUUUCUCCCUUAUUCACUAUAUCCACUGAUGUCCUCUUCUAAAGUCAUUUUUCCAACUCUUGUGCUAUAAUUCCCACUGUUUAAAAACGACACAGGUUGCUCUUCUUUGUCCUUCUUUGUCUUGGGCUUGUGGGUAAAAGGUGUUAAAAACCGAAACAUUAAGCAUAAAAUUAUAUAGAUGUUGUUUUGUGAAUGAGAUUUCAAAAUUACACAGUUACAGUUGAGUUGGGACUACGGGUUCAAAUUAGCUGUUGAGCUAACCCCGGCACAUUUAUAUUGAUGCUGUUAAAAUGGCAAUGCUGAUUAGCGUGAAUUUCAAGGAACUGACCAUUUCUAACAAAUGGUUAUACAGUCCAAUUCAGCAGAAAAGACUCUCUGAGGGAGUAGAGAUUCCCCUAAGGUAAACUCAUGCAUGAACAUGAAAUCUCAGUAAAGUUUACAAUACCUACAACUUGGGUACAAGUUGGGGAGGUGGAGGGAGCUGCAGCAGCAAAUGGUGCUGGCAUGAGUAAAUCAGCAGAGUAAUUAUAAAUAUUAAGUGUGAGCUUCUGGUAGUCACACUGUAAACCUAUAAAAAUAUGAUGGGGCACAAGUAUGAAUUGCCAAAACUACAAAAAGACCCAAGUUGUAAUAAAUUUAAACGAUCCUUUUAUGGUAUCAGCUUACAUAAAUAGUCAUUGAACAAAGAUGGUUUUCAUGUCCCAUUCACUGUAUAUGGGUUAUGUUUAGCUUCACUCAGUUGAACCUCCAGCAGUGAUUAAUGGUUAACAAUUAGAGGCUUUCCACACACAGAGAAAACUCAAAGAAGUGAUGAAAUUUCAUAAACUUAAGAAAUACAGCAGUGUCAUGUCAUGCACUCAGCACAGCCACACAUUCAGUCCACACUAGCUAUGAAAGGUCUGGGUUCAGAGAGAGGAGAUGUUGUCUUUUGGUAAGUGAUGAUGAGGCUAUGUAUGGAGAAAUGCUGAGGGCGAUUAGUGUGAUGAAAGAUUAUAGAAGGUGUAAUGAAGAGUAGAUAUGACCUCCAAAAAUACUCUUACAGCCAAAAAAUAUUCUAAAACUUCUCCAAUAGUGGUCAAGUCUUUCACUCUGUUGUAGCCUGUAGUAGUGUCAUCAGUGUGUUGUCUUCCUGCCAACAUAAAGCUUUUAUUUCACCCACCAAUGUGUAAAAUCUGUCAGUAAUGAUCUUUUUGUUUCUUUAAUAAAAACAAAUUGCACUGAUGCUGUUUUAUUUUACUAUUUUAAAAUACAUAGUUUUGUUUUCUUUUUUUCCCUUUUAGUUAGUUGAAACUCCCCCACCCUUUAUAAAAUGAGGAGUGUUGAUGUAGGUGACCUAACCCCUGACCCCGGCCCCAUUUGGGCGUUUAGUGCCAGUGGACUUACUGAAUAGCAGGAAAAAAAAGAGAGCUAGGCACCAACUUUGUCACGAUAGAGCUGUUAUUUUUUAUGUGUAUUUGUUGUUGUUUUGAUGAUGAUGAUGAUGAUGAUGAUGAUGAUGAUGAUGAUGUUAUUGUUACCCACUAUGCUGUAUUGUAACACAGUAUUGUUGUGGUGCUCUAGUGGUAAAUAAAUUAUUUAAGUUUC